ACAGCUAAAGUCCUGAGAAAGUAGAUUGACAAAAUGAUGACCACUGCUCUACUGUUGGCCUGUGCAGCUUUGUGCACCUUUGUUAAUCCAUUUGUAAACCAUGAUGAGUUUUCAUGGAAAGAGCUUCUUAAUGAAAUCAGUGUCACCACAAAAGAUCUUCAAAAUCAUACGGUGAACAUCUUUGUGAAAAAUCUGAAAGUGAAUGGGCAACUGAAAUGUGAGGAUGACUUUUUCUGCCAAGCUGAGCAAGAACUGCGAGAGAAGGUGUCUAGACUGUCUGGGAAGAAGUUUAACCAUUUCCAUAAUCUAAUAAGGAAUUUACAUAGAAUUAACAAGCCUCGUGUGAAAACUUGCAAACCUUUUGACAAAAAUUCUGAUGAAAUCCUUCUGCAUGAAUUCAUGGACAAUCUUAAAAGAUGUGUCCAAAAAAAAUAUGGAAGAACUCCUAAAUGAGCUUGUUGUUUUCUCAGUGAAGUUACCUUAUUGCCAAACCAACCAGUGUUAAUUUAUUAAGGAUCAUAUUUAUAUUUAGCAUUUUUAUGGAAGUAACAUUUUAUUUUCAUUGUGUUUCUGAAAUUGUAUCUUUAUUUUUUA